AAGAUUUUCAUGGAAACAAAGGCAAGAUAAACCGAAUCAAAUCCGUGUUAUCUCAGGCAUUCCUCAAGCAGAGCUGCUAUAACAUUCCCAAGUGACUUAAACCCAAUUAUUUCUCAACGCCCUGGAGACCUAGUGCCUCAAGUUGGACUUGUUGGACAGCCGGACAGAAUCACGUAUUCUCAGUAUUACGAAUAAACCAGUGGAGUGUGUUUAUGUGUAUGUGAGAUGUAUAAAUGAUUAUGGGGCGGCUUCAGUACAGGAUAAAAAGGGUGGAAAACACACUAACAGCUCUGAGAGAGAUACUUUUACCUGUUCUGAAGGCGUUUUGGACAGCGAGUGACGGGGUAAGACAGCAGAGAACAACUCAGAACAAGAGAAGAAGCUGAUCUAGAGUCGUCGCAGUCGGAUAGACAGCAUGUAUUGGGACGUGGCCCUCUGGAGCGCCGGGAUCUGGGCGAUUCUGAGUUUAGCUGCUGGACAACUGACCGAGCAGGAGAAAUCAACCAUCGUGGACAUGCACAACAAGCUUCGCUCUCGGGUUACGCCCAGCGCCGCCUUCAUGCAGAAAGUGGUGUGGAACGAGACACUGCGUGUGGUGGCGGAAGCUUACGCGGCGAAAUGCACCUGGAAACACAACCCUGACCUUCAGAAACUCUUUUUGGGUGAAAAUCUCUUUGUCACCGCUGGAGCUUUUAAUGCAACCGAAGCAAUGGUUAGAUGGUUUGAUGAAAAUGUGGAUUAUAACUAUGAAAACAAGUCCUGUCCUACAAACAAAAUGUGUGGCCAUUACACUCAGAUGGUGUGGGCAAACACCAACAGAAUCGGCUGUGCUACUCACUUCUGUGACACUGUUGAAGGUUCAAGUUUCAAGAAGGCCACUAUUCUCGUCUGCAAUUACGAUCCUCCAGGAAAUUUUAGGGGACAAAAUCCUUACGUGUCUGGACAGCCGUGCUCAAAGUGUCCAGCAAACCUGCCAGUGUGUGAGGAGAAAAUCUGCGUGCAUAGUAGGAAUCCCAUCCAACCACCCGAGGAGCCGAACGUCCCUGAAAACCCAGGUCAUGGAUCCAAGAUAGAAAGCGUUACAUUUCAUUUACUGAUACUCAUCGUGCUGGCGCUUGUUUUGUAAGGGUUUCCUCGAGCCAGAUUCCACUCCAAAAAUGUUUAGAAUAAGUUCAUCCCCUAAAAAUGGCUCAAGUAUCAUAGAGGUUAAGUUAUAUUGUUUCUUCACCAUUUGGCUUGAUAACAUCAGAAUGGGAAUGGGUGACAAUGGGCUGUCUCAACUUCAUUAACAUACAGAAACCACAGCUGUUACAACAUGAGCAACAUCAUUUACAUUAAGAGUGGUAAAACUCUAACAGGGUAAAAGGUUUAAAAUUUCGAUGUUUCUGGGUUCGUUCUGACGCCAGUGAAACCAAGGUGCUUCGUGUACCUUGCCACUUCUAUGCUGUAAUAAACUUCAUUUUUGAGAUCUUC